AUGGGCAGCGGCAAGGAAAUCGUGGGACGCAUAGUGAGCCGCACGGCAUCGCUCAGAGUGGGGGAGACGCCCGCUAAGCGGAGCAAGAAGUGGAAGCGCCAGCACAGGAGGCUGCUGGUGAACGUCGGCUGCUGCUACCACCUGCAGCGGGAGCGGUUCGAGGGCGACUUUUGGCGCGAGCUCGACCCCGCGGACGAGACGUUCCCACUCUGCAGUCUGCUGACGCGGCGGCGUUACGUGCUGGGCCAGCAGGCGCGCGGACUGGCCGCCCAGGCCUCCGAGAGGAUGGCCUCCUACCAGCGGAGCCCGUCACCGGCGCUGUACUACCGCGCCGUACUGCAGGUGUACCUCCGCGACAAAGCUGGGCGCCGUGCCCACUGA